CCGGGCAGGCGCUGGCCAUGGACUCCCGCGACGUGGGCGCGCAGGCCCUGGCUCUGGACCCCAGGCCUGGCCCGGGCGCCCCGGCGGGCCGCACACCCCAGCCCCAGCCCAGGGGAAGGCAGGCCUGGUCCUGCUCCCUCCUUGUGGCCUCCCUGGUGGGUGCUUUCGGCUCCUCCUUCCUCUACGGCUACAACCUGUCCGUGGUGAACGCCCCGACCUCGUACAUAAAGGCUUUCUAUAAUGAAUCGUGGGAACGAAGACACGAAGACCCUAUGGAGCCAGACACCCUGACUCUGCUCUGGUCCGUCACGGUGUCCAUAUUCGCCAUCGGAGGACUCGUGGGGACACUCCUGGUGAAGCCGAUGGGGAAGGUUCUUGGGAGGAAGCAAGUCCUGUUAGCCAACAAUGGCUUUGCCCUGGCUGCCGCCCUACUCAUGGCCUGUGCACUGCGGGCUGGAGCCUUCGAGAUGCUUAUCGUGGGGCGCUUCAUCAUGGGUGUGGACGGAGGCAUCUCCCUCAGUGCGUUGCCCAUGUACCUGAGUGAGAUCUCGCCCAAGGAGAUCCGUGGCUCCCUGGGCCAGGUUACAGCCAUCUUCAUCUGCAUCGGCGUGUUCUCUGGGCAGCUAGUGGGCCUGCCCGAGCUCCUGGGAAAGGAGAGCUCCUGGCCUUUCCUGUUUGCCCUGAUUGCAGUGCCAGCUCUGGUGCAGCUGGCAGCCCUGCCCUUCCUGCCUGAGAGUCCCCGAUACCUGCUCCUUGAGAAGCAAGACGAGGCGGCUGCCAUAAAAGCCUUCCAAACAUUCCUGGGGAAAGAAGACGUGUCGCGGGAGGUGGCAGAGGUACAGGCCGAGAGCCGCAUUCAGAGGAACCUGCGCCUGGUGUCGGUGCUCGAGCUGCUGCGAGAUCGGGCUGUGCGCUGGCACGUGCUCACCGUCGUGAUCACCAUGGCCUGCUACCAGCUCUGUGGCCUCAACGCGAUUUGGUUCUACACCAGCAGCAUUUUUACGAAAGCGGGGAUCCCUCCCGAGAAGAUCCCCUACAUCACACUGAGCACGGGGGGCAUCGAGACGCUGGCUGCCAUCUUCUCUGGCUUGGUAAUUGAGCGCCUGGGACGCAGACCCCUCCUCAUCGGUGGCUUCGGGCUGAUGGCGUUCUUCUUUGGCACCCUCACGAUCACACUGACACUGCAGGACCGAGCCGACUGGAUUCCCUACAUGAGCAUCGUCUGCAUCCUGGCCAUCAUCGCCUCCUUCUGCAGUGGCCCAGGUGGCAUCCCAUUCAUUCUCACGGCCGAGUUCUUCCAGCAAGCUCAGCGGCCCGCUGCCUUCCUGGUGGCAGGCACCAUCAACUGGCUCUCCAACUUCACCGUGGGCCUGCUCUUCCCUUUCAUCCAGGAAAGUCUGGGCACUUACUGUUUCCUGGUCUUCGCCAGCAUCUGCCUGGCUGGUGCCAUCUACUUCUAUUUCAUCCUUCCCGAGACCAAGAACAGAACCCAGGCUGAAAUCAGUCAGGCGUUUGCCAGAAGGCGCAAGGCAAAGACCCCUGAGGAGAAAAUCAACCCCAUGACCCCCGAUGACAAGAUGACCAACGGGUCAGAGCCAGGCUCCUCCCCGGCUCUGGAUAACUACACCAAUAAUGAGCUUGUAUAAAUGGACUACGCAUGGACAGGAACCCCAAGACUUUCUUUCCAUAGCUGGUGGAGAGCACGUACACAGGAGCCAGGCACUAAAUUAUAGUGAACUAUUGUAAAUAAACCUCGGCUGAUCUGUCUGACCCCACAUGUUUCCAGGUUUUGGGGUAAACCCCCACAACCCUGAGUCUUCCCGGAACCGCCAAGAAUGCCCUAAUAUUCGUGAAGACUCAGCUAUCUUCUGUAUUGACAGCCCUGCCUCCUUCAUGAUUGAAUUCGUGGUCCCUGGAUGAAGUGGCAGAGAUGAAUGUACAUAUUUCCUCAGAAGACAUCAGAGCCCUAAUGGAGGCCUGCAUGGGCUGGAACCCAAGGGGCUGUCCACCCUCCAUGGUCUUUGCUGUACCCACAGGCCCAGGGGUCUCAGGAGACCUGAAUUCCAAAUGCAAGUGUCCAGAAUCCAGCAGUAGAGACUCGCACC